GGCCCUCUGGGCGCCUGAGGCUGAAAGCGACAUUUGCCUCUGGCAGGAAAAUGAACUUGUCAGUUUCCGCUGGCAUCAGACCGUCUACCCAAAGGAGCGACGGAUCGGGGUAGCAUUUUAGCUUUCUAUCUCAGGGAUCUGACAGCGAAAGGCGUUCAAGGUCUUUCCCUCCUCGGAUCUCCCCUCCUAGCUUCCAAGGCGUCACGUGGCAGCGUGGAGCCCGCCUCCCGGUGACGUCACGGCGCUCACAGCCGUCGCGCUGAAGAAAGGAUGCUCUAGGAUGCUGUCCAGGUGGGCGGCCGCGCUGCGCGAUGCGGCACUGCAGGUGUAACUUAGCAUGGUCCAUGCAGGAGCGAUGAGUGGCUCUGGAAACCUGAUGGAUUUCCUUGACGAGCCAUUCCCUGAUGUGGGGACUUAUGAAGACUUCCACACCAUUGACUGGCUGAGGGAGAAGUCACGGGACACUGACAGACACAGAAAGAUAACGAGCAAAAGCAAGGAGUCCAUAUGGGAGUUCAUCAAGAGUUUGCUGGAUGCAUGGUCAGGAUGGGUGGUGAUGCUGCUCAUUGGUCUGUUGGCAGGCACUUUGGCUGGGGUCAUCGAUCUUGCAGUCGACUGGAUGACGGACCUGAAGGAAGGAGUCUGCCUGUCUGCCUUCUGGUACAGCCAUGAGCAGUGCUGCUGGACAUCCAAUGAAACUACUUUUGAGGACAGGGACAAGUGCCCCCUGUGGCAGAAGUGGUCAGAGUUGUUGGUGAAUCAGUCAGAGGGUGCCAGCGCUUACAUUUUGAACUACUUAAUGUACAUCCUGUGGGCAUUGCUGUUUGCAUUUUUGGCAGUCUCUCUGGUGCGUGUAUUUGCGCCAUAUGCCUGUGGUUCUGGUAUACCAGAGAUAAAGACCAUUUUGAGUGGCUUUAUCAUCAGGGGCUACUUGGGGAAAUGGACCCUGCUAAUCAAGACAGUCACCCUGGUGCUGGUUGUAUCAUCUGGCCUGAGCCUUGGGAAGGAAGGGCCACUGGUACAUGUGGCUUGUUGCUGUGGCAACUUCUUCAGCAGCCUGUUCUCCAAGUACAGCAAAAAUGAGGGCAAAAGGCGUGAGGUGCUUUCAGCUGCUGCUGCUGCUGGAGUGUCUGUGGCCUUUGGUGCUCCCAUCGGAGGUGUACUGUUCAGUCUAGAGGAGGUCAGUUACUAUUUUCCUUUGAAGACCCUGUGGAGGUCAUUUUUUGCAGCCUUGGUGGCAGCCUUCACACUGCGAUCCAUCAACCCCUUUGGAAAUAGCCGCCUUGUUCUCUUUUACGUGGAAUACCACACACCUUGGUACAUGGCUGAACUGUUUCCCUUCAUCCUGCUUGGAGUCUUUGGGGGCUUGUGGGGAACCCUCUUCACCCGCUGCAACAUUGCCUGGUGCAGGAGGCGCAAGACCACCAGGCUGGGGAAGUACCCGGUACUGGAGGUCAUCGUGGUGACAGCUAUCACUGCCAUCAUUGCCUACCCCAACCCCUACACGCGCCAGAGCACCAGUGAGCUAAUUUCUGAGCUGUUCAAUGACUGUGGGGCCCUUGAGUCCUCCCAGCUCUGCGACUACAUCAAUGACCCCAACAUGACUCGGCCUGUGGAUGACAUUCCAGACCGGCCAGCUGGGGUUGGGGUUUACACAGCCAUGUGGCAGCUGGCCCUGGCACUGAUCUUCAAAAUCGUCAUUACAAUAUUUACCUUUGGCAUGAAGAUCCCCUCAGGCCUCUUUAUCCCGAGCAUGGCUGUGGGAGCCAUGGCAGGCAGGAUGGUGGGAAUUGGUGUGGAGCAGCUGGCCUACCAUCACCAUGAUUGGAUAAUCUUCAGGAACUGGUGCAGACCUGGGGCAGACUGUGUCACACCAGGACUUUAUGCAAUGGUGGGAGCUGCUGCCUGCCUAGGUGGAGUUACCAGGAUGACAGUGUCACUGGUGGUCAUCAUGUUUGAAUUAACUGGUGGUCUGGAGUACAUCGUGCCCUUGAUGGCAGCAGCUGUGACCAGCAAGUGGGUGGCCGAUGCCUUUGGGAAAGAAGGCAUCUAUGAGGCCCACAUCCACCUGAAUGGGUACCCAUUUCUUGACGUGAAGGAUGAGUUCACCCACCGCACCCUGGCCACUGACGUGAUGCGGCCCCGGCGGGGAGAGCCACCACUGUCGGUGCUCACCCAGGACAGCAUGACCGUGGAGGAUGUGGAGACUCUGAUUAAGGAGACAGACUACAAUGGCUUCCCAGUGGUGGUCUCCAGAGACUCUGAGCGUCUCAUUGGGUUCGCCCAGAGGAGGGAGCUGAUCCUGGCCAUAAAGAAUGCCAGGCAGAGGCAGGAGGGCAUCGUGAGCAAUUCCAUAAUGUACUUCACGGAGGAGCCCCCUGAGCUGCCAGCCAACAGCCCACACCCCCUGAAGCUGCGUCGCAUCCUGAACCUCAGCCCUUUCACGGUUACAGAUCAUACACCUAUGGAGACAGUGGUGGACAUUUUCCGGAAACUGGGGCUCCGGCAGUGCCUGGUGACUCGGAGUGGGAGACUUCUUGGCAUCAUCACAAAAAAGGAUGUUCUGAGACACAUGGCCCAGAUGGCAAACCAGGACCCCGAAUCUAUCAUGUUUAAUUAGCAACAAGAGAACAAUUUUGAGAACACACUGAUAAUAUCAUUUUAAAAGAAAUAAACAAAUGAUAUGUUACUAUCCCCAAUGAAAGACCUUGCACUAGGGCUAGCAGAAGCAAAAGCUUUGCUUGAAAGGAGGGGAAGAAGGAUGAAACUUUUUUUAAAAAACAACAAAACAACAACAAAAAAAGCAAAACCAUCAAUGAAUAGACAUUUUAUAGCUUUGAGCCCCUUAUGAGUUUUGAGCUGUGUUUCUCCAUGGGUGUGUUAACUGCUGUGGGGGCAAGUGGGUGGCAUAAGAACCACGUGCUUCAUAUGAGGAGACAGAACACAAAUGCCAAAUGGAGAAGCUGUGACCCCACUGCUCAAGGCUGAUGUUUGUAACUUCAGAACACAUGUGAAGCUUUGAGUCCAAAAGACAAAGGGGUAUUGGCAUGUCAACAUUCUUAUUUAUUAUGAUUCCUGAUAAUUUGCUGCUAUGUACUAAAAUCAUACUAAAGACAUUUGCACUUACUUCAUUGGAGGAGAAAAGAAAUGAAGGUUGAACAGUGAAAGCUGCAAGUGUGCUCCAGUGGGGUCUCCUCAUGACUGGUUUCUUUCUCCUCUUCUCAGCCUGUUAUUUUGCUUAUUUAUCAGUUUCUGAACCAACAUCAGGGGAGCCACAAUGAGUGUGAAGAAACCAUUUCUCUCCACAAUACUGGCACUUUGGGUCUGAAUGAUGAACUGUGGGAACAUGUAGUGCUCUGUGUAGUUUCCCCUUGUGCAAGCGGACACAUCCUUAUUUUGAGGGAACACACACUUGAUUGUUGAUUUGCAUCCCCAUUGCAUUUGCUUCAUUUAUUUAUUGCUGUUGCCUGUGCUUUCUUAAAUAUUGAUCAGUCUAGCACUUUCCAUGUGUCAUGGCCUGUAUGCUCCCAGCUUGUGAUAAGUAUGUUUUAAUUCCCAACUAGCAUAUGCAAGAGUCAAAAUGGGCUACUGAGUAUUACUACUUAUUUUUCCUCUCAGGUCUUUUUGGAUAUGGCUGUGAAGAGGGUGAAGCACACGAGUUCUCAGUGGGAACUCUACCAAAUGGAUUGCAAGAGAACUACUAAAUUGAUUCUAAAUCUGUUCCAUUCUCUUCUCUGUGGGAUGCAAAGUGUCCAGUUUUAAUGUCUAAGCAUGCACUUUCAUACUAGCAAUCAUAGCACAGAAGGAGAGAGUUAAAUUUUAUAUAGCCAAUUUAAACAUUGGGCAUCUUUGUAUUAGAAUUUAACGACACAUUUAUUCUUUUAGCCAGGAUGUCUGUCUUUUCUGUGAGAAUGAAUUAAGCUAUGUUUUAGGUCCCCACUGUAUGAUCUGUGUAAAAUUUAUCCCACUUGUCCCCUUACUUUUACCUUUGUUCUUCCCUUUUCACUGAAUCUUUCUCAUCCUUUUCAAUCUCAUGUCAUUGGAUCUUGAUGUAUGAAGUAUGUGUGAUCUUGACUGCAAAUAACAGUGAAGGACUGAAUAAGAAACCUGGGAGAUACACACCCCAGGAUUGUCUGCAUCAUUUCACCAAGGAUCAAACUCCUUUGGUAAUUUCCACUACCUUAUCCUCUCUCCUUUGGUUUAUUGCCUCAUAGUUGCAAGAUGGUUGCUGAACCACCAGGUAUUAUGUCUGUUUUCUAAGUGGGAAGAGGGAAGAAGAGGCAAGUAACAAGGUGCAAUGUCUACAUCCAGAAAGCAAAGCUUUCUGUAACUUGGCUCCCCCUAGUGCAUGAGAGUCUGGGAAGGAAAAUUUUAGCUAGGCACAUUACUCUGUGAAUGAAAUUUAGAGUCUCUCUCUUUUGUUGUUUAUUUUAUUUUAUUUUUUUGCUGUGUGAGGGGUGGAACCCAGGGCCUCAUGCAUGCUAAGCAAGUGCUCUACCUGAGCCACAUUCCCAACCCUAGAGUCUCUUAAUGAGGAAGGGGGAUUAGGUUUUGGAAGGGGAUUGUCUCUGCCACAGUUUCCUCAUAUCCCUAUCAUUGCCCUUCAAUGUCUUUUUUACUCUCUCAUUCUUGACAAACUCUUGCAAACAUUCUUCGAACCUUCUUGCUUCCUAUUCUUUUUCUUAGAUUUGACCUAGAAUUCCUAAUCAGAAUCCAUCAUUUCUUAGCCCCAGUAAGAAUUUUUAUUUUGGAUAAAAACCUAGCUACAAGUGGGUUUCUAUGAAACGUUUUAUUGUUAUAAGAAAAUACAUCUUCUGUGGAUUAAAAUUUUCAAGUCACAUCAUGCUGACAACUAUGGAAAAUUUGUUUCUGCAAUUAAUGCCCCCUCUCUAAAAUAACGUCUAAUAGCCACUUCAGUGUGGAAAUAUCCAGUUAAUAGCAGAGAAUUUAGACUGUGGUCUUAGAAUGAAAUGCAUUGUCUCAUCCACAGCAUGUAAAUAGUAAGAAAAGAUCUUAAUCUUGGUGGUGUUACUGGGAUUUCCACGGAACAUUUGCAAGUGAAGCUGGCUUCUCCUGGACUUCAAAUCCUGAAUUCUUAAAGAUUGCUUCAUGUAGUCCCCUUUUAUUCUCUUGUGGUAUCACUCAGAGACAACCUGUAAUAGGAAAGAGGAUUAGUCACAGCCCAGCCCUAUAUAAUCCAGAAGACCCUUGUAGCUGAAACAGGUAGCUUCAAAAAGAACAUGAAUCAGUGGAAAGAGAGCCAAAGGUCAGUGAGACCACAGAAUUGCCUUCCAACCCAGCUGAGGCUGUGGAGGGACUGAGGGCAUGGUUUAGAUUGGGCCAAGGUUAUCAAGAGGAAACUUGAGAGUUGUUUCCUUCUCCCAGUGCUUAGCACAGAGAUGUUGGUGACCCAUGGAAACUAUUGGAAGAGUUAUUGACUGAAAUAACCAAGGCUUCUUUUCCUUUACAAGUUGACCCUCCAAUCUGUUGUGGGGUUCAGACUCCUCAACAGAAAGUCAGGGUCAGACAGGUAGGUUAAGAUCAAGGGUGGGGAGUGUAGUGGGGUUGAUAACAGCAAAUGACCUUUCUCCCAGGGAGCCCACCUCAGCCAUGUGGUCCAUUUGCCCACUGGCCAAGGUUUCACACAAGCUCUGUGGGGACCAUACUGCUCUUUGUCACUUUUUCUUAGAAAAGUACCCAGCUAUGGACUCUGAGGGUAUUCACGGUAUCCCAAUGCAGAACUUCAUCUACUUUCUCUAGUUAUCUGAUGUAGAGAACUGGGACAUGAAGUUGAAAUGUACAUCUUUUAGAAUAAUAUAUUUUUUUCUUUUCCAAAACCAAAGGCUUUGGGCAUUUGCGGAACUUUCUGGAUCAGUUUUUAUUGUAAAAAUCAUAAACACAUGUUAGAAAAGGAGUUCUCUAAUGAGACAUAUCACCUACUUCUUGCUCUCCCUUCUGAUUACUAAGGGAAUGGGUUGUAGGACACCAAAAUAAAGGGAAUCCCGAAAAUGAUAUGUGAAUUUUUUUUGAAGUGUUUUUCAGUGCAUCUCUUGGGAAUGCUGAUGUUCCUGUGGCUUUUAGGAAAAGGUAAAUGUGCUAGAAGUAAAGCAUCCAAUAUUAAGUGCUUGCUGUUACAUAGACAUGCAGUCUCAAGGUUCUCUAUUCAGUAAUUCCUAAAGGCCUUGUAAAAAAGAAGACUUGUAAAUAUACAUUUUGAGCCCUAAUAAGUCACAGACACCAAAAAUUUUAGGCCAGUUUGUUUUAUUUAGGUGAGAACUGAUUACUUUAAAUUAUUAACAUGUGCAAAUUCUGCUUGGAAUUCAUCAUCAGGUGCUGAGCUGGAAAAGACGAGAAACUCAAGGAAGAGAACUAUUGAAUUUCCAUGUAACUGUAAUAUUAUGCUUUCAUUUUAAUUUUGUGUGGGCAGUGUAUUAUCAAACUGGGCUUUUAACCUUUGAAAUGAUUUGCACAAAGAGGGAGCCUGUAUAUCUGACCUAGGAAACAUUAACCAGAUCCCAUUUUCACUGGUGCAGAAAUAACUAUUUAUUUGCCGUCCUUAGGUGUUCUGGGAAUGAGCCUAUGUGUGACUUUUAUGAGAUAUAUUCACAUUUGGUGUCGGAACAACCACAUGGCAACAUGUUGGCUCUUUUUUAUUGUACCACUCUGCAUAAAUGUUGGCACCUUAUUACAAAUUAAAUGUUUGAACUCUAUUUUUAAAAAUAAAACAAGCACAGAG